AUGGGUGUUGAUUACUACAAAGUCCUCCAAGUCGACCACAACGCCACCGACGAUGAUCUGAAGAAAUCUUACAGGAAACUCGCCAUGAAGUGGCAUAUGGACAAGAACCCAAACAACAAAAAAGAUGCCGAAACCAAGUUCAAGCAGAUCUCCGAAGCUUACGAGGUUCUGAGCGAUCCCCAAAAAAAAGCUGUGUCUGACCGGUACGGCGAGGAAGGCUUGAAAGGGAGUGUUCCUCCUCCAGAUUCUGGUGGAGCCACUUACUUCUCUACCGGAGACGGCCCAACAUCCUUCCGGUUCAACCCUAGAAACGCAGAUGAUUUAUUCGCUGAGUUCUUUGGGUUCUCUAGCCCAUUCGGCGGUGGUGGCGAGAGAGGAACUACCAAGAAGAUGAGAAUUUCCAGGGAGAUUGCUGAUGUCAGCGGCAAGACGAUGCCGGUAGAAGAGAUUUUAACGAUUGACGUGAAGCCAGGGUGGAAGAAAGGCACAAGAAUCACAUUCCCUGAGAAAGGGAAUGAGCAACCAGGUGUUACUCCAGCUGAUUUAGUCUUCAUCAUUGACGAGAAGCCUCACACGGUUUUCACUCGAGAGGGAAAUGACCUCAUUGUCACACAGAAGAUCUCACUUGUUGAGGCGUUGACCGGCUACACUGUGGAUCUGACGACACUUGAUGGUCGGAGGCUGACGAUCCCAAUCACUAACGUGAUACACCCUAAGUACGAGGAAGUAGUUCCAAAGGAAGGAAUGCCGUAG